CUAUGAGUAAUCACAAAAAUCGAUGUCUUCCAGUUCAUUAAUAAUCAAUUUGCGCCAGUACAUAUGCAUGGUCUCGAUGGCGUCACCGUCGUAAGAAAUCUUUUCCGGCUGCCGACCGCUUUCUAUCUAGAAAUCAAUCAUUGACCCCAUCGAGCUGUUUAAGGAGUCCUCGCUUUCGACUUUGUACUCUCCUUCAUCUCUUUUCAGCCAGCUUCUCUGAAGCCCCCUCUAUCGGACUACAAUACGGUGUUCCCUUUCUCACAUAUCCCGUCGUCUUCCCCCGCGAACAACCAACAAUCGCAUCCAAAACGGCAACCAAGAUGUCGACCCUUCAAGAGAUCACAUCCGACUCCGAAUUCAGCACUCAUGUCACCUCGCUCAGCCCUUCAGCUCUUCUAGUGCUCUACUUCCACACCCCGUGGGCUGCACCGUGUACGCAAAUGCGUACCAUCCUCAGCACCCUUGCUGCAGGUUAUCCAGUCACAUCCCCGCCCACAACGUCCUUUGUCAGUGUCAAUGCCGAGGAGCUGCCUGAUAUCUCGGAGCAAUACGAUGUUACCGCAGUCCCAUUUGUCGUGUUAAUCAGAAAUAAUCAAGUGCUCGAGUCUAUCAGCGGAAGCGAUGCCGUCAAGGUUCGCGAUGCGAUCGAGAGGCAUGCUGGCCAGCCAUCAUCCUCCGGCGCUGCUCCAGCUGGGUCAAAAUCGACCAUUCCUCCGGUAUUGAAUGCCACGCCACGUGAGUCGGGUACAUCGGGCGCCGCAACAGAAAAUCCAGUCGGCUCGUUAGGCACGCCAGCGGCUCCAGUGGCUCCCCCGCAAGAAACAAAAGAAGCGCUCUUUGCACGUCUCGCCGAGCUCGUCAAGGCUGCACCCGUUAUGCUUUUUAUGAAAGGCACGCCAAGCUCGCCACAAUGCGGCUUUAGUCGUCAGCUUGUCGGUAUUCUGCGUGAAAACGGUGUUAAAUACGGAUUCUUCAAUAUUUUAGCAGAUGAGGAUGUGCGCCAGGGCCUAAAGGAGUUCGCAGACUGGCCAACCUUUCCUCAGCUAUGGGUUCAGGGCGAACUUGUUGGUGGAUUGGAUAUUGUCAAGGAGGAAAUAAACACUGAUCCUGACUUCUUGAAGGCUUAUGCAGUUCAACUACCUUCAGCAGCAUGAACAGAUUUAAAUAAAGUAAAAAAAGAAAAUAUGCCGCAAAACAAAAUACCCAAUUGCUUCAACAAGAUCUCUUCAGUUGACAACAGUCGUGCUUCUAACAUAUUUACAAGAUUCUCAAGUUGAUUCAUUAUCCUUCAUAUGUGUAGACUUAAAUUUGGCACGCCAAUCUUUUUGAGGUUUUUUCUAUUCCACCCUUAUCACGACAAGAUACUAGAAUCAAGCAAGAAUAUCAAACAUUUUGAAUGAGUCUUUGAUUCUUUAUAUAGGAAGGAUUUAUAUCAUUUAUAAUUCAUUCUCGUCUAGGUUUAAUA